AUGCAUGGUGACAGGUGGAUCCCAAUCCGAGUGCUUAACACCUCCAGUAAAACUAUCACUCUGAGGCGCAAUACAAAGAUGGCAGAAGUGUCUGCUUGCAUUGCUGUUGAGGACUUGGAUGAGGACACAGAGGCCGUUGAGACCGUGGGAGUGAAUAACCAAGCCGUGUCUUGUGAGCACUUUGGCCUCCAAGAAACCUUGACUAUGCUUGGGCUUGAAAAUCUUGAUAUUGACUCUUGUGAGGUGUCACCCUAUUGGAAAGGUCAACUCAUGGAGCUUGUUCGGAAGUAUGAGGAUGUCUUUUCUAAGAGCAAACUGGACUGUGGAUCAGCUAAAGACAUUGUCCACAGAAUCCAUCUGUCCGAUACUCGGCCAUUCAGGCUCCCGUACCGCAGAGUCCCACCUGGGCAGUACCACAAACUCAGAGAGGUCCUUUCCGAGAUGGAGGAGCUAGAGAUAAUUCGCAAAUCGAAAAGUGAGUGGGCAUCUCCGCUGGUUCUUGUGUGGAAAAAGAGUGGAGACUUGAGAAUCUGUGUGGAUUAUCGCUGGCUCAAUGCGCGUACGGUCAAAGACGCUCAUCCGUUGCCACACCAAGCAGACUGUCUGGCAGCCCUUGGAGGAAGUGCUAUCUUCAGUGCGAUGGAUCUUACUUCUGGCUUCUAUAACAUCGCCAUGGCCGAAGAAGAUAAGAAGCUCACUGCUUUUACCACUCCCAUGGGCCUAUAUGAGUUUAAUAGGCUCCCACAAGGCCUAUGUAACAGUCCUGCCAGUUUCAUGCGGCUCAUGAUGAGUAUCUUUGGGGACCAGAACUUCAUGACCCUCCUUUGCUAUCUUGAUGAUGUCCUUGUUUAUGCACCUGAUGAGGCAGAAGCGCUAAGAAGGCUGGAAAUGGUCUUUAGCCGGCUGAGAGUUCAUGGAUUGAAGCUUGCUCCCAAAAAAUGCCAACUUCUUAGGAGAAGCGUUAAGUUCCUUGGGCACGUUGUGGACAGACAUGGUGUCGCUACCGACCCCGAAAAGGUCAAGGCCAUCAGUUCUAUGGCUGAGACAGAUCUCAUGAUGGAGGAUGGAAUAACACCCUCACAGAAGAAAAUAAAAUCAUUCUUGGGCAUGGCAAUGUACUAUCAGCAGUUCAUUCAAGAUUGUUCCAGGUUAGCUAAGCCCCUUUUCGCCCUGACUGCUGCCCCCAAAGGGAGGAAAGGGAACGCACAUGGUGCUGCUGCGUUCAAGAAGUUGCACCCCAGUGAUUGGAAGCAGGAACAUAAAGACGCAUUUGAACAGUUGAAAGUUGCCCUCUUGGAGUCCGUGGUCUUGGCGCACCCAGAUUUCAACCGCCCAUUCAUUUUGUCUACAGACGCCUCAAUUGAUGGGCUGGGCGCUGUGUUGUCCCAAGUUCAGGACGGAGAGACAAAAGCGCGGCCUGUGGCAUUUGCCAGCAAAUCUCUUACUCGUGCACAGAGCAAAUACCCUGCCCACCGCUUAGAGUUUUUGGCGUUGAAGUGGAGCUCCAAGAUGCGCAGCUCAAUGACACCACUAUCGCACAAGUUGUCCCGUUUGUAA